AAAGUUGACUUGGCAACAACUACUGUUUUGCUUUCCGAUCUCUGGUGUUUGGGUUUCUGAGAUCUAUGGCUGAGUCAUUCCUCUUCAGCAUUGUGGAGUCACUCAUAGCAAAGCUCGCUUCUCGGGCUUUUGAAGAAGCUUCUCAAGUGCUGGGUGUAUACGAUCAUCUCAAAGAGUUUAAAGAAACUCUCUCAUUAGUGAAGGCUGUGCUGUUAGAUGCUGACCAAAAGCAGGAGCACAACCAUGAGCUGCAGGAAUGGCUGAGGCAGAUCAAACGUGUCUUCUAUGAUGCUGAAGACUUGCUGGACGAGUUUGAGUGUGAAACACUUCGAAAGCAAGUGGUCAAAGCUCAUGGUACCACCAAAGACAAGGUAGCUCACUUCUUCUCAAACUCUAAUCCACUUGUUAUUCGUUAUAGGAUGGCUCAACAAAUUAAAGAUGUCAGCAAGAGGCUUGACAAGGUUGCAGCUGACAGGCAUAAGUUUGAUCUUCAAAUAAUUCAUGUUGAUAGGCGUGUUGUGCAUAGGAGAGAGAUGACACACUCCCAUGUGACUGAUUCAGAUGUCAUUGGAAGGGAACAUGAAAAAGGAGAGAUCAUACAGCUUUUGAUGGAGCAGAAUCCCAACGAUGAUCAUAAAAGUCUUUCUGUUAUCCCCAUAGUGGGGAUGGGAGGUUUGGGAAAGACCACACUUGCAAAGUUUGUGUUCAAUGAUAAGAGGAUAGAUGAGUGUUUCCCAUUGAAGAUGUGGGUGUGUGUUUCUGAUGACUUUGAUAUUAAGCAACUGAUUAUCAAAAUCAUUAAUUCUUCCAAUGAUUUAGCUCCUGCUAAUGCUCCUCCUCUCCAACAAAAUUUAAACACGUUGGAUCUGGAGCAAUUGCAAAAUCAGUUGAGAAACAAACUUGCCGGUCAAAGAUUCCUUCUCGUCUUAGAUGAUGUGUGGAAUGAAGACCGUGUUAAAUGGGUUGAGUUGAGGAAUUUAAUACAAGUCGGUGCUGCAGGAAGUAAAAUUCUAGUGACUACACGUAGUCAGAUAAUUGCUUCCAUGAUGGGUACCGUUCCUUCUCACAUUUUAGAAGGUCUUUCUCCAGAAGACUCAUUGUCUCUAUUUGUCAAAUGGGCGUUUAAGGAAGAAGAAGAGAAAAAAUAUCCUCAUUUGGUAAAUAUUGGGAGAGAAAUUGUGAAAAGAUGUGGAGGAGUUCCAUUAGCUGUGAGAACAUUAGGGAGUUUACUAUUCUUGAAAUUUGAGGUAGAAGAGUGGGAAUAUGUGAGAGAAAAUGAAAUUUGGAAUUUGCCACAAAAUAGAGGUGACAUUUUACCUGCACUUAAAUUGAGUUAUGAUCUCAUGCCUUCGUAUUUGAGGCAAUGUUUUGCACUGUUUUCCCUUUAUCCAAAGGAUUAUGAUUUCACUAAUUUUGAGGUAACUUCACUUUGGGGGGCACUUGGACUCCUAAUAUCACCGAAAAAAAAUAGGACACUAGAAGAUGUUGGCAAUCAGUAUAUAUAUGAACUACUAUCAAGAUCUUUUCUUCAAGACUUUGCAGAUGGUGGCAAUGUAUAUGCAUUUAAAAUACAUGAUUUGGUGCAUGAUCUUGCUUUGUUAGUUGCAAAAGAUGAGUGUCUACAUAUAAAUUCCCACUUUCAAAAUAUUCCUGAGAAUGUUCGACAUUUAUCUUUUGCUAAAAACGAUUUACUUGACAAUUUAUUCAAAACAAAGUCAGUAGCUAUGAGAACCAUACUAAUUCCAGAUGGAACAACAGGAGUCUACAGUGAAACUUUAGUAAAUACUUGUGUCUCAAAGUUCAAAUACUUGCGAUUUUUGGAUUUAAGUGAUUCAACAUGUGAGACUUUGCCUUAUAGCAUUGCUAAGUUGAAACACUUGCGAUAUUUCAACAUUAGUUAUAAUCAAAAUAUUAAGAGACUCCCUAAUUCUAUUUGCAAGCUCCAACAUUUGCAAGUGUUGAAAUUUGAUGGAUGCACAAAGCUAGAAGCAUUGCCCAUAGGACUAAAAAAAAUGAUCAGUCUUCGGCACUUGGCGAUAACCACAAGGCAAUUUGUUUUGCCCGAUAAUGAGAUUGCCAACUUGAGCUCACUUGCUAUUCUGUCUAUUCAUUCAAGCCCAAAUCUAGAGUUUAUCUUUGGAGGGGUGAAAUUCCCUGCUCUUAAAUCAUUGAAUGUUUCUGAAUGUCAGGGUCUGAAGUCUUUGCCACUGGAUGUUGAAAAUUUUCCUGAAUUAGAAACUUUGCUUGUCGAAAAGUGUGGUAAUUUGGACUUGGAACUGUGGAAGAACCACCAUGAAGAACAAAGCCCAAAGUUGAAGUUAAUAUAUGUUAUAUUAUCUGGUUUACCACAGUUGACGGCCUUGCCUCAAUGGCUUCAAAAAACUGCCAACUCUUUACAGACCUUGUCAAUUGAAGAUUGCAGAAAUCUUGAGAUGCUUCCAGAGUGGCUGACAAGCCUGACUAAUCUGAAAAUAUUUGGUAUAUCAUACUGUCUAGAGUUGUCAUCUCUUCCGGAUAACUUCCAUCACCUCACCGCACUUGAAAUUUUAGAGAUUGAAGGUUGUCCUGCAUUAUGUAGAAAAUGUCAGCCCCGUGUUGGAGAGUAUUGGCCCAAAAUAUCACAUAUCAAACGCCUUGAAAUUGAAGAACUAGAGGAAGAGUAAGACGUAGAAGAAUGCUUUAAAUGAAACAGAUAAGCGAUGAAGCCCUUCUUCUAUUUAUUGUGUAGAUUGUUGCUCUUGAUCGUUCUCUCAAUAUGUUUUGAACUCUUCGUGUAUACUCUUAAUAUGGUUCGCGUCAAAUUGCACUUGGAUCAUUUGUUUGGUUUAGGCUCUUUCCUUAUUAUCUUUUAUCUUCAACUUUUUCUUUUGUGAAAGUAAAUUUGAGUUUCUAGGAAAGGCAUUUUAAUUUACAACCUCCAUGAUUGUGCAUGCAACACUACAAUAUUUGCUUAUUUUUUUGUAAUUUUAAUUGUGAUUUUUUCUUUCAUUUAUAUUGAUAGGCAAGCACAUCUUCACAUAUUCCAUUUAUACUCAUAUUCAGGUGAUAAUUAGAUCGAACUUUCUCAUGUCUUUAUUAUAAGACAUUUAUAAAAGAAUUACACAAACUAAUAUAAGGAGUUCUUUUAGUUAAUUCUAUAAAAAAAGUAUCACGAUGCAAUUUUAACUUUUUUACUUAUAACUGUCAUAGGAGAAGUGAAGACAUUAUUUGAUAUCAAAAUUUAUAUGCUAAUACUAAUAAAAUUUGUAAAACAACGGGAGAGUUCAAUAAGUGAGUGAAAUAACAUUUAUUUCUCUAUUUUUUUCUUAUUAUUCAACAACAAGAAAUAUACAUAUUUACAAUGUUUAAUGAUGGUAAAAAAAAAAAAAAAAAAA